AAUGCAGGGCAGUUUGAGAACUAUGUGAUAGCCAGAAGGCAAUCUCACGGUGAUGCAUGCUGUGUCAAAACCUUGUUACCAAAAAAGAUCAUUGCUCUCGGGAUGAUUAAUUGCUUCUCUGGUCACUUCGACAUCAUUAUCUCGGUAUCUGGACAUCGCCGGAACAGAUUUCCAGUUGCCUUAUUAUUGACCUAUAUUUCAUCAUGAGUAACGUUAUAAAAAAAAUACAAUAAAGCGGUUAAGUCAAAUUUAAAUCAGACACCGGUGAUUAAUGGAACACGGAAACUUCCUAAACUUCAAAUGCCACCGAGAUCUAUUUCGAGAUCUACACGAGAGUCUGAGAUAUGAUGACUGCGAUACCUAUGACAUUAACGAAAAGAUCUAGAAGUAAUCUAGGGAUAAUCGGGACGUUAAGCCGCUUCCGCACCUUCCAAAAUGUUUUUGAUUUUUGAAAAUUGUAUUUCAGAUUCGGGGCAAAAAACAGAGUCACUAUCUUCAAAAUAUUCAUGAAUCUGUGAAUGGAAAACCUGUCUGCAGAUCAGUGCCCAGUCUACAGUAAAGAUGAAAACAAAUAUAAUCUCAACAGUAAACAAGGAGUGUCAACAGCGUUUAGGAAAUUUGUAAAUUCGAAAUAAAUGGAGGAAGCUGCAGUAGACCAAGAACUGAAAAUAAAUUUAGCAGCUUUGAGAAAAAGUGAUCGGUUUGUCUUGGACAUUUUGGAGACGUCUGCUCAAGUUGCACUGUAUAAAUUUGAGCCACAGAAACAGGAAUGGGAAAAAACCGAAGUGGAAGGAAGUCUGUUUUUGUACAGAAGGUCAACAUUACCAAAGUUUGCCUUGAUGAUCAUGAACAGACUAAACCGAGAUAAUUUGAAUGAAUAUAUCACAAAAGAAAUGGAAUUUAAAGUUCAAAAACCAUUUCUCCUAUACAAGAAUUCAUCAGGGGAAAUUUUGGGCAUUUGGUUUAACAAUCCAGAAAAAUGUGCAAAAGUUGGUGAGCACAUAGCAAGACUUUAUGCAUCACCACCACCAACUCAAGAUGAAAAUAAAGAAAAGAGCCAAGGCAUUUUAGAACUUUUUGCAAAUGCACAAAAAAGAUUUGAUGAAAAAAAUAAGGUAUAUGAAAAUGGUGUUGUUGAGCCAUCCUCAUUAUCCCAAGCACAAAAUAUUGACAAUGGGAAACUAAGAUCCUUGUCAUUGACUGGAGUUCCACCUACACAUACUUCACCAUUAACAUUUCUUCCUUCUGCCAUUGAAAAUGAAGAUAUACAAUCACAGACACUUCAUGAUCCUUGUAUUGUGAAAAGCUCUCCUUUACGACCUUCACCCAAGCAUUUGUCUCGUUCACUCCCAAACAGUGCAAAGAAAGCAAUACCAAAACAGCUAUUUAUCCAAGAAUUAGCACCUCCUACAAAUCCAAAUCAAGAAAAAACAGAAAAAGUCCCACUCCCAUCUGUACCUUCCCAAAAUGCUUCAUCUGCUAAAAGUAGACCAGCUAUGACCAAGCAAGGAUCAAGUACUGAUCUUAGUACAGGAGCUACUGCUCUGAUGUCUCCGAUGGCCUUUAAAACUACUAAAAGUCAAUCUACCGCUCCAAAAGACCCAAAUGUAGACAUGAUUGUCUUGACUAAAGAACAACUGCAAGAGACCCUGAUCACUCUUUUAGAAAGAGAUUCAAUUUUCUUGACAAGAUUCACUCAACUUAUGUGAAGAAACUCACCAGAUGAAAAAACAUGGAACAAAAGUAUUAGCAAAGGAAA